UCAAAUAGUCAAAGGCUCUGCAUACUCACCUGUCAAAAAUACAAUAGGGAAUAUGAGGAGCAUGUCUCUCCUUAGAGAAAUCACUCCAAAGCUAAAAGGCUUCUGUGUUUCAGCACAGGACAUCUUAGACCGAUGUGCAGGACAAAUUAUGGCAGAAAUUGAACAGGGUUUGGAGAAACACUAUAAAGAAGUUCUCAAUGUUUCGUCUGCUGAUUCCCACAGGAUGGGAUUAAAACCCAUCACAUUCGCUCGUCAGGUCCUGGCCGCCUGUUUCUACCCCUCCCUCCUGAAUGAUGAGAGUAUACCCUUGGAUGCAAGAGAGAGGGCACAAAGGCUUCUGGGGGAAUGUGAAGGAGGGAGCAUAGGAUCAUACACUGCUGAACGUGGGAUUAAAAAAAUCCAGGCCUCCAUAUGUAAAUUUAUCACCAAACGCGAUGGUGUUGUUUCUGAUCCUGAAAACGUCUACAUCACAAAUGGGUCCCAGGCGUCCCUCAUAAUUGUACUGAAACUGCUGGUUCAGAGUGAGGGUUCUCUGAAGACCGGGGUUCUUACUCCUGUACCAUCUCACUCCACCUUUAGCCUGGCAGUGGCUGCUCAGGGAGGACUUGUGGUGCCUUACUACCUGUGUGAGGAGCAGGGAUGGGCAGUGCAGCUUGAAGAACUGCGCCGAGCCCUGCACACAGCUAGGGGGCAAUGCAACCCAACAGUGUUAUAUGUCAUCAAUCCAGGAAGUCCAACGGGUCACGUGCAGAGUAAGGACUCAAUUGCUGAAGUGAUUCGCUUUGCUGCAGAAGAAAGGCUCUUCUUAAUGGUAGAUGAGGGGCAUCAGGACAAUGUCUAUGGGAAAGGAAUUGAGUUUUAUUCAUAUAGAAGAGUGCUGAAUGAAAUGGGCCCCCCAUUCUCCAGCACCGUGGAGCUGGCCUCCAUUAACUCCAUUUCUAAGAGUGUCAUUGGAGAGUGUGGUCUGCGUGGAGGCUAUUUGGAGUUGGUGAACCUUGACCCUUUAGUGAUUCCGUACAUCUACAGAUUCAUCUCCAUGAAUGGGUGUGCAUCGUUGUCUGGACAAAUCACUGUGGAUGUGAUGGUUGACCCUCCACAACCCACACAGCCUUCGUAUGAGCUCUACACUCAAGAGGUUCAGUCAAUUAAGAGCACAAUAAAGAAUAAUGCCCAGAAGACCCUGGAGCUUCUCAGUGGCCUACCUGGAAUCAGCUGUCAGCCAGUGAAUGGAGGAAUUUUUGCCUUCCCACGUCUACAUUUGUCCCAGUCUGCAAUAAAACAUGCCAAGGAGAAGCAGCUGGAGCCAGACUUGCUGUACUGUUUGCUUUUGCUGGAGGAUGAAGGCUUGUGUGUGGGAGCUGGAUGUGUGCACGGACAAAAAAAGGGAACCUACCACAUCAGGAUUUCCCUGGCAACUCAAGAGGAGACCAUGAAGGACGUGCUGCAGAGGCUGAAGAGUUUCCACCUCCGCUUCAUCAAAGAGUUUCCCUGAUCAGCCACACUGGCAUAAACAUGAGAAAUCAUGAAAAAAAUAAUAUUCUUAUUAGUAUUUCCUAUGGACAUAGUUUCUGGGACUGUAUUCUGAGUUGGUGACUAAAGUCCAAAAGUUAAGUCAAUAUUUGUGUACAUUCAGAGUCCUGUUGCUUCAGUUGAUUUUCUGGACUCCGUAUUCUGAGUAUGGAAAUUACCAGGUUGGCAGAUUUUUCUUGAAUUCAGGGUCAGACACGCCUCUGUAAUACUCAAACUUCACAUGCAUGUGCAAAUCUCGCACAACUUCCGAAUAGCAAUCGAGCCCAUAAUUAUGUCUGAAGUCUGUAUACUAAUGUGUGCAAUGUCUGUAUUGAAACCUCAAAUCCUCGACUCUGAAUACAGCCCUCAGUCUCUAUCCCCGACAGUCAGUAAGAAAAUGCACCGCCAUAAUGUUUUACUGUUCGACACUUGUUAUAUUUUAGCAUUAAUUAUAAUCAAAUAAAUGUAAUAAAUUAACUCACUUUCA